AUGCUGGGCCCGUUAGUCGUCAUCGAGACAGUGCUGCAUUGGUUUCAAGGGACACAUUUUCCACUCACAGCUUCGCGGAGCUUUUUCAUCGCAAACACCGGAAGGGAAAUGGAGAGGAAGCUUCCGGUCGUUGACGUGGCUUCGAUUCUGAUCAUGAUUGCAAUGGCCACCUUUUUCUUCUAUUGUGGUAUGUGGAGUAUUGCUCUCCUGUACAUGAGAGCGCAUGAUUUGGAGUCGGGCCUCGCAUCUGUUCAAACUUAUGUCCAGCUGCUUGUGUGUUGUUUCAGCAUGCUGGUAAAGCUGAAGUCGUGGCUGAUGUUCAUUGUUAGCUACUUGCUAUACAGCUGCAUUGUCUCCUACGUGGACCCACUUUUCCUGGCCUUCAUUCCAACAGUUCUGCUACUGGUGUUCAUUCUCUCGCCUGCCGCAAAUCGUCGGCAGGCAGUCGGGGAGAACGGUGCUUUGCUACCCACAAUCAAGGCAGCAUUGCUCGACCUUGCUUCGUUGGCUUACGAUCAUGCAUGA